ACCACAAAGUCAAUGCUUCUCCUCGUCAUUUUCUCUCCUUUGCUUGUCUUGUGUUCCUUCAUCUGCUUCUCCCUGUCUUCCUUCUGUUAGCACCCUUCUAGCUUCGUUACCACCCGAUGUCUCCCUCCCCAGCCCUCAAGGAGAGCCGGCCACGCCCUCUAACCCCACGCCCUGUAAGUUGUCUGGGCCUGCUUGCCUGCCGCCAGGGGGCGCACUUUGCGCGCGAGUACCUACAGCUGCACGACGGAGGGCUGCUGGCCCUGGACUGGGCGGUGGGCAGUCAGUACGUCUCGCCUGCUCACCCGCUGCUGCUGCUGCUGCCGGACCUGACAGGAAGUGCCGUGCAGCUGUCGGCGCUGUGCUGCCAGGCCUUGACCUUGGGGAUGAGGGCAGUCGUGAUCAACAGACGCGGACAGGCGGGUAGCAUUGUCAGCACCCCAAAGCUACCUGGUUAUGGAGACACCUCUGACCUCCGUGAGGUCAUUGGGUACCUGCAACGCACCCACCAGAGAGCCGCCCUUUGCGCUGUCGGGGUGGGGACCGGGGGAGACGCGCUUCUGUCUUACCUGGGGCAGUUCGGCUCUUCCGCCAGGCUCUCGGCCGCCGUGUGCAUCUCCCCAUCAUACAACGCGGCUGACACGCUCCACGGCCUCCCCACACCCUACCUGCAGCUCUACCUGUCCCACCUGAAACAGGCGGUGCUCAGCAACGCCCAGGUGUUCGGGCCCCUGGUGCAGCGGGCGCGAGGCGCGUGGUCCGUGAAGGAGUUCGACCAGAAAGUGGUCAGCACGUGCGCCGGUUACAAUGACCUGGAGGACUUUUGGGAGGACAACGAACCGCUGCGGGAGGCCGACGAGGUCAGCGCCCCCGUGCUGUGCGUGUCCAGCCUCGACGACCCGGUGUGUCGCCCCCAGCACAUCCCCUACGACCUCUUCCGCGCGCUGCCCAACUUCUUCCUGCUGACUCUGCCCCACGGGGGCCACGCGGGCUUCCGACAGGGGCUGGGCGGCCUGUCCUGGGCCGAAGCCGCCGCCAUGGACUUUGUGCAGGCCAUGCUCAGCUUUCAGCCAUGCACGUGCUACGUGGCCAACGGCGUUCACGUGGCCACGCAGACCAACGACUUGCUGGACUGGACGCCGGACCCCCUGACCCUCGACCUAAUGACCUUAGAGCCUGAAGACACGAGUCGACUUCCUCGGACGCUGCCUGCGGAGUCGCACGGGUGACGUGCGUGCUGGUGACGUGAGGCUGUGUGACGUGACUGCUUCAGCAGCGUGCUGUGACCUGCCUGUGACCUCACACUAACUUGGAGGUAACGGAGGGGUGAGUACCCGGAUUAUUUGGGACUCCCCCCACCCUGAGUACGGUGCGCCAUACCCUGAGAGACCUUCACUUGUGACCCCGACGCCCACCACCUGGACAAGAAGAGGGACAGGAUGGACACGCAGGACCUGCCACAUAGACUGCAGUGGUCACGUGACGGGACGCCAGGACCUUGACUGUGAUGGCGACAAGCAAGUCAUUGACCUCUGUGUCACUGUCAUGUCACGAAGUUGUAUGUCAUAUGUUAAUUGGAGGUGUAGAGGAUGUUGACAGACGACUUCCUACUUCUGGGAGGAGCCUGCUGCCUCGCUCUGGUGGUCAAGGUCGUCAGAAAGGUCUUGAGGUCAAGGUCGUCAACAUCGAGAAGAAGGAGACGAAUGAGAACAGGUGUGACACUGUAGGGAGUCUGUGUGUGAGUGUCAGCUAGGAUG